AUGUUCGCACGCAUCCCGCCACCGAACUUUUCUAGCGCCACGCACAGGGCCAGAUGUCUCACGCAGCUGAGAAGCAAGAGCAACGGGCUGGAGAAGUACAUCUUCUUGAACGGGUUGAAAGAACGGGACCCGAACUUGUUUUACAGUAUUCUGUACGAUAACAUGCGGGAAAUCGUUCCCAUCCUCUACACGCCCACCGUCGGUGAUGCUUGCCAAAACUAUUCCCACAUCUGGCGCAGGCCAGAGGGUCUCUAUGUCUCCAUUGGGGAUAAAGGUCGAAUUCGUGAGGUCCUCGCUACUUGGCCUAACCUCCGCGAUGCUAGGAUCGCUGUUGUCACGGAUGGUAUUCGUAUCUUGGGAUUGGGAGACCUCGGCGCGAAUGGGCUACCAAUUAGUAUCGGGAAAUUAGACUUGUACAUUGCCGGUGCCGGCAUUAGGCCGACGUCGACGGUCCCGAUAUGUCUCGACCUUGGUACUUCGACUAAAAAAUACCUGGAGGACCCGCUCUAUAUCGGUGUCCGCCGUCCGCGUCCGGAUGCCAAAGAGAUGGAUGAGUUCAUGACAGAGUUCAUGACAGCGAUGAAGGAAGUCUUCCCCAACCUGCUCGUCCAAUUCGAGGAUUUCUCAACCGACAAUGCAUUCAAGUACCUCGAUAAGUUCCGGAACACGUACAAAUGCUUCAACGACGAUAUCCAAGGCACCGGUGCCGUCGUCCUCAGCGGUUUCUUCAACGCCGCUAGACUCGCCUCCGAAGCCUCCGGUCUCCCACUCAAGGACCACAGGAUCUUGUUCUUCGGUGCAGGCUCUGCAGGCAUCGGUGUGGCGAAGCAGUUGACGUCGUUCUUCAAGUUCAUGGGCAUGAGUGAGGAGGAGGCAAAGAAGCAGAUCUGGACGGUGGACUCGAAAGGAUUGAUCACUGCGGACCGAAAGGGCUUGCAAGAACACAAAAAGUACUUCGCGAGGACCAAUUAUGAAGGACCUCCACUCACGAACCUCAUCGACAUCAUCAACCACGUCAAGCCGACCGCUUUGCUCGGACUGAGCACCAUUCGUAAUGCGUUCACGAAAGAAGUUAUUACAUCCAUGGCAGCGCUGAACGCUCGCCCUAUUGUUCUCCCUCUGUCCAACCCUAUUUCUAUGAGCGAGGUAGAUUACGAAGACGCCGUCGAAUGGACCAACGGCUCCGUGAUUUUCGCCUCUGGCUCUCCCUACCGUUCCUACUUCAGCCCCUCAACCGGCAGGACCCAUGAACCAGGCCAAGGCAACAACAUGUACAUCUUCCCAGGCAUCGGCCUCGGCACUCUCCUUUCCAAGGCGUCUCGCGUAACGGACUCGAUGAUCGAACAAGCUUCUGUGGCCCUUGCUGGUUCGUUGGACAAGGAGGAGACGAAGUCCGGGUUGGUGUACCCCAGACUGGACAGGAUUAGAGAUAUCAGUGCGCAAAUUGCGAUGUCGGUCAUACGGGCGGCGCAGAACUCGUAUGUCGACAACUCGCCCCAGUUGAGGCAUGUGACGGACAAUGUGCUGCUGCAGUAUAUCAAGGAGCAGAUGUGGAGCCCCCAGCCUAGCAAGAGUGACACGAAGAUGUGA